AUGCCCAAUUUUCUCCCUCGCAAUACCCGAAGCCGCAUACUCAAUCGUUCCCAGCGCAGCUCUGUACCCGCCAAGAUCCUCUUGGUAGUAUUCCUCGUAGUCGUUUACCUGUCAUUACCAACUGGGACCUACACGCCGCCUUCUUCCCCUUCCGACCCACAAAUACACAACACUCUGUCUGAUGCGACACUUCAAGAACUAGUAGAGAUAUACGAUCAAGUUAGAUUAGAUACGCUGCAGCAGAAAGGUUUCGAUUCCGCAGCUGCUGCUGAAAAGCUACGAGCACCCAUACAUCUUCCUGAUGGAAGUACGAAUUUUGAUCCGGACCUGAACACAUACGUGGGAAGACUACGUCGAUUCGUUGAUGAUUACUUCAUGAAUACACCUGACCCUAUACAUACCGGAGCAAGGAAUGCACUCAAAGACCUGCUUAGACGUGCACCCCCUCAAAGUAGACCCGAUCACUUCCCAUCUACCGUCUGGUCGACCCAUCCCAGCGGAACGGAAGGAUUAGAAGAAGGAUUUGAAUUAUGGAAGAGACUGUUACCUCUCCCUCUAUCGAAAAGACUUCUGAAGCAGAUAGACUAUGGGGAGGAGUUGGAGUGGCUAAGGCCUGCCAAAGAAAGUGAAGAGUGGGAAGUGAUAGUUCCCGAUGAUGAUGGGCUGGAUCGAUUGAUGUCAGAAUGGACGGCUGAGCAAGUAGUCCGAGGGGUAAGUAGGGAAGGGAAAUGGCAGAGGUUGUGGGGUAGUUUUGAGAAAGGUGUUUUGAGAGCUGAUUUCUUCAGAUAUAUGUCGAUGUUCGUUAAAGGAGGUAUAUACUCUGAUUCUGAUACCAUGCCCAUAUCGCAUCCCUAUCUAUGGGGUAUAGUUGCUCCCUCAAUCCUCAGCCCGGAUCUAGAGUCCUUGUCAAAACGAAUCAAAGAAGCUUGCUCAUUGACGUCCAUUGGUCCUGCCAAACGAGGACUCGUCUCUUCCAAUCCCCACGAAAGCCUACAUACCCCGCCUAACAGUACAGUUGAUGAUGUUCUCACAUCGUACAUACCACCAUAUUACACUCGUUUCCGACGAACACCAAUUUCUCGAGUACAGAGUAUCCCAACCACUAUACUGAAUCCGGAGAUAUCGAUCGUAGUAGCCAUCGAAUGGGAUAGUAUGAUAGGAAGGACACCAGGCAUGUGGAGACAGUGGACGUGGUGGAGGUUCAAGAGAAGCUGGCCCGACUGUUGCUUCCCGAGAGGCUUGGAAAUGGUGCAGAAUCUGUUGGUGUCGAAACCAUUUCAUCCAAUCAUGCUGGACACUCUUGCGACUAUCGCUGAGGUGGUGGAUAGUGGUCAGGCAAAGGAGCUUGGGCCGCUCGAGCUCACAGGUCCUGGUCCAUUUACCGAUGCUGUCCUUCGUUAUCUUCUCGUACAAUACGGUGUAACCCCUUCGGAUCUCAGAGCAUUACGUGGUCCAGUCAGAGUCGGCGAUGUACUGAUCCUGCAGGAAGAAGCAUGGCAUGCCCCUGAUAAGGCUAUACGUCAGUUAUUAUGUCACGUUCGAUCUCUGGGGUAUGACUUGCUGGAAAAGGGACAAGAUCCUUGGUUAUUUGGAUCAGGAUGGAAAAGUUGGCAGAGUGGUGGAAAAAAAGUAUCAUAUCAUGGAUUGACGGGUAUUUGGAAAGGCAAGGGGCGAUGA